AUGUCCGGUGAGAAGACACAUUGGGAAACUCUAGGAAUUUUGGAAGGAAGCGACUAUGAAACCAUUCGGAGAGCGUUUCGUCGAAAGGCACUCGAAUAUCAUCCAGACAAAAAACACCUCGAGACCGAAAAAACAGGUGAAUUUCAGAAAGUUCUCAACGCGUUCGAGUCCCUUAAAAAAGGGUUUGAGGGUGGUGAUAUGAAUGCAAAUCUGUUGCAUGAAUGUCGUCAAUCGUGUGAAGGCAAUAUCACUAGAAUCAACUUGAGUUCAACUCAACAACUUGAUGCUUCUCUCUAUUGCUAUACAUGUCGAUGUGGAAAUGACAUUCCGAUAGAAGUGGAUGAAUUGAGUAUAGCGUUUGAACUCCACGCUCUCACUUUCUACAUUGACAUUGUUGGAAUCUUCAUUCGCAUUCUGCGCAUCUUAAUAGAAAAGGAAGAAAGAAAGGCACGCGACGAUGAGCGUCGGCGCAAGUAG